AUGUCAAGUCUCUCAAAAAUACUACUUGACCCUUCAACGGUUUCUCUUAAUGAAAAUUCAUGCGAAACUGAUUCUGAUAAAAAACAACAAAAUCCUACCGAUAGGUGCAAAAGUGGUCCUCGUCCCUACCGAUGUAUGACCUGUUUCAUGGGUUUUAACAGGUUAGAACAUCUCAACAGGCACACAAGGACUCACACCGGAGAAAAACCACAUCAUUGUACUUUUCCUGGUUGUGAAAAGAAAUUCUCACGAUCAGAUGAACUUACUCGUCAUCGAAGAGUACAUGAUAAUACAUCUAGAAGAAGAGAUCGCAACCGAAGGAUGGUAUCCGUGUCGUUUCGCAACACUACUUAUCUUAUCAAUCAAGUACAUGAAGGGACGCCCACAACUACCUCUCGCACAAUCAGAUAUAUCUUUACUGAAACUACCACUCAUUCUUCUCCUAAUUCUUGGUCCAAAUCUUUUGAUUGUCCUAUCAAUGGGUGUACUAAAUCUUUUACUCGUUAUGGUCAUCUUUCGAGGCAUAUUCAAUCUUGUGAAUUAAAGCGACUUCGUAAGGAAUCUGUUAAUAAAAAGGUCCAACCUCCAAGUCAACCUACUUUACGUAGCAGUAGUUCUCGUAGUAACAGUUCUUCUGAUACUGAUAUUUCACCAACAUUAAGACCGUUACGAGGACCUUUUAACAAUAAUUCCAACAGACCUUGCCCAAUAGAACCUGGAUCUUCGUGGAUGCCACCGAACCCAUUGAUAUUACAGCGAACUUCAUGUCUUCGUGAAAUUUUUCAUUCUCCAGUGGAAGCUACUAAUCGUCGUCAACUACCACCUUUAAUUAACGGGUAUUCGACAAAUCAAUUCGUACAACAUUCUCCCCUCCCUAAUAAUUUUUUUUAA